AUGGCUACUGCCGCAUCCGCGCAGGCCUGGGUCCAACUCACGAUGUCACGCUGCAAUCGUAGCCCAACGAAGACAUUUUCCAUCUACACCAAACGCAUCACCGAUCUACACACUAUCAUGGGCGGUCCGGUCUACCAGAUCAAGUUGACUGGAGUCGUAUCGCGGGGCGUCGGAAUCGACAAUGUAUUCUACCUGGCCUACGCGAGCUCUAACCCGAAAUCAGGGCAAAGUGGCGUCUACGUCGCAUAUCACGACCAACACCUGGCGGAUCAUGAUAUCAGCUUCAUUGAGUGCCACGAACCAACGAAUGACAGUAGUGACGGAGGUGGUAUAGCAGUCAGAACAACCUGGGAACGGCACCAAAGAGGGGCGCAGCUUUAG